GCAGCGCUCAAGAUUUGAGGGCUCCCUUUGCGCAUGAUGGCCGACCGAGAGAGGUACAUGCAGGGGGAGCCUGAACCAGAUGAGAGGCACGGGGCAUUUCAUGUGCAAGGAGAGGGGCAGCACGGGGGCAGCCACGAGCAUUAUCAAGCGUCUGACCAGGAAGGGCGGGGCUGGUCAGAAAGGGUGGACCAGGAAGAGGAUGACAGGAGCCGCCAUGAAGAGUUGGACAUGGAGGUGGAGCUCCGGGGUGAGGAGGUCCCCGUCCAUGAGGAAGACGAGGAGGAGGGUGAGGACGCCCGGAGACACCAGCAGGCGACGCAUAUGGGGCUGGCCGGGCACCAGGGGUACCUACAGGUGCCAAUGCAGUACCGGCGAGAUGGAGCGCUGGAGGAGGAGGAACAGCAGCGGCUGGAGGAGCAGCAGCGGGGGCAGCUGCUGCAAUAUACCGCGUUGGGGGGGACAAUUCUGGACAGUCACAGCUUGAACCUGGCCCUGGCACAGCAGCAGCUAGCGCACCAGCAGCUGGCGCAGCAACAGCUCGCACAGCAGCAACUAGCACAGCAGCAACUGGCACAGCAGCAACUGGUGCACCAACACUUGGCACACCAGCAGAUGGCUGUUGCGGGGCCAGGGAUGCAACAUGGAGAGGCCAUCCCUCUGAUGGGGAUGGGGAAGCAGUCAAAGAAGAGGCGCAAGCUGAAGCGGCUUGAGAUAGACCUGGACCCCAUCUCCUACCAGAAGCUGAUGAAGCUUGUGAACGACCAGUUUGAAGGCAGCGUGGAGCGCUUCCUAAGCGCAAGCCUGGCCCAUGUGGAGCUGCCAGAGAAGCCUGGCAAGAAGGACCCCUACAGUGCGUCACGCAAGCCAGCUUUGACCAAGUGGAAGCGACUCAGGUUUGAGCACCUGCGUGGUGGCGACUCGCACGAGCUUUCCCUGGCUCACCGCAGCCUGCUGGAGACCCUGGAGGCAUCAGGGCAGCAGCACUACCCCCUGGAUAUCACCCCCCAACUGCGAGACAUCCCGUGGGAAGACCUCACAAUCCCGCAACUCGAGAAGAUGCUGGACGAGGUGAAGCGCAUGUUGAUCAUGACUGAGAAGGUGCACAGUUGCACCUAUCCCGACUGCGGCAGAACGUUUGCCACCCCUGGCAACCUGCGCGACCACGAGAACGAGCACAGGGGCCACCGGCCUUACCAGUGCCCCUUCGAGGGGUGUGGCAUGGCCUUCAGCAGCAAGACGGUCAUGUGCCGCCACGUCAAGAAGCACGAGCGGGCCCACAUCUGCCCUUACGAGGGCUGCGGGAAGCGCUUUGCUUUCCGCGAGCGCCUCAUCACCCACCAGAAGAUCCACAGCGACGAGCGACCUCUGCACUGCCCCUGGGAGGGCUGCGACAAGACCUUCAAGUGGGCCAACUCGCUGCACGGCCACAUGCGCACGCACACGGGCGAGAAGCCCUUCCAAUGCACGUGGCCGAACUGCGGCCGUCAGUUUGGAUACAAGGUGGACCUAACACGGCAUGAACGCACGCACUACGGCCAGCCAGCAAGGCGCGCUGUCGAAGUUCCUCAUGGCGGAAUAUGAGGAGGAGAAGAGGCUUGUUGGAACUUGUAGUGACCGAUUGUCCUCGUGUAAGCUACGUUUUUGAUGCUAUACAAGUCUGAGGGACCGGGCGGUGUUGUAGCAUGCUACUGAAGCUGCUGUACAAAGGCUGCAAUACCGAACCGAGUCUCCAACAGAGUCUUUGCCUUUCUAAGCGGUCUUUUUGUGAAGCUUGUUGUUGUUGAUUUG